AUGGCCAACGACACUGCCCCGAUCCAGGGAAUUGCGGGCCACUACACUGGUGACAGCUUCGCGCUCCAGGCCACCCUCGCAACUCUCCUCGGCUGCGCGCUCUACAGUGCCUGCGAGCUGAUUUUGUUGAUAUUUCUGACCUUUCACCGUUACGCCGGCCUCUACUUCUGGAGUCUCCUCAUUUCGACCGGCCUCGGCAUCAUCCCGCAAUCACUCGGCCUACUGCUUAAAUACUUUAAGCUGGCGCCGAUAUGGCUCUCUGUGACUCUCACGACGUUUGGAUGGGCCAUCAUGGUGACCGGUCAAUCUGUCGUGCUGUACUCCCGGCUGCACCUCGUCGUGCGUAGCCAACUUAUCCUCCGCGGCGUGCUCGCCAUGAUCGUCAUUGAUGCGAUCAUUCUCCAGAUCCCGCAGAUCGUGCUCUCCUACGGCGUCGUCUCCAACGACGGCGCCCGCUACAUGGGCCUGUACGUCAUCUGGGAGAAGCUGCAGAUGACGGGCUUUUUUGUGCAGGAGAUCAUCAUCUCCGCUAUCUUCCUCGUCCAGACCGUGCGCCUGUUGAACAUGUACCCGAACCGCAGCAAGCGCCGCUCCCAUAUCAUGUACCAGCUGCUCAUCAUCAAUACGGCGAUCAUUCUGAUGGAUAUUUCGUUGCUGGUGCUGGAGUAUCUAGACAUCUAUAUCAUCCAGGUGUCGCUGAAGACGUUCUUCUACACGAUUAAGCUCAAGUUCGAGUUUGCGGUGCUCUCACGGCUGGUCUCGUUUGUGAAUUAUGAUCCGGAGCAGGACUCGUCGAUGACGAUGUUGAGUUAA